UGCCGGUGGGGCGCGUCCCUCAGGCAACAUGGCCAGUGUAGUGACGCACGCGGCCACACAAACGCCGGCCACUGCAGCGGAAAGGAUGGCGAAAAAUCUUUUUACAAAAAGAAAACAAGACGAGGAUGGGAGACACCACAAAGGAAGCACUCGCAGCAGCACACCUGCUGGUCCUCACGGAGAUGUAGAGCAAGAGAUGAUGUCAUUAAGUGAAGAGAUGGACGGGGAGGAUGAACACGCAGCGUCCACCCUGACUUGCUUCGAGGACAUUAUGAAUAUGGUUGGCUCGCGGGGCCGCUGGAAUGUGUGUCUCUUCCUGGUCUGCUCCUUCUCCACACUACUCAACGCCCUCAUCACCAUGUCCUACCAGUUCUUCGGCGUCACCCCAGACCACUGGUGCCGCGUAGAGUCCCUAAAGGAGGCCAACUGGACCGACCAACAAAUCCUGGACUUUGCUAUUCCCUUUGACAACAAAACGGGGCAGCACAACAAGUGCCACAUGUACGACUACAACUACACGAAGGCGGCGCAGCUGGGGUACGACGCCGCCGUGACCUAUCUGCACGACCUCGCCGACCAGGACACUCCCCGGGUCGUCUCCUGCAGCGCGCGAGAUUUCAACCUGACGCAGCACGAGUCUUCCGUGGUGACUGAGUGGGACCUGGUGUGUGAUCGGCGAGUGUUGUACUCCACUACGCAAGCUGCAAAUCAGAUCGGCUACAUCAUCUCCUCGGUCUUAACGCCGUUCUUCACUGACAGGGAGAAGACGCUAGAAUCCUACCGCCGCCACCAGAUGUGCUCUUCAGACAAAAACUACAUUAACGUGUUUGGCCGCCGCCCCGUCGCCUUGUGUAUGUCGGUCCUGGCCCUGCUGCAGGGACUGGCCAGCUGUUUAUCUCCGUCCGUUACAGUCUUCAUCAUCUUCAAGUGCACGCACUCUACCGCCAUAUUUUCCCUCGUUACGUGCAACUUUCUUAUUAUGAUGGAGAUGUGCACCCCCUCAUCACGUUCCACCUUCGGGAGCUUGUUUAGCAUGGCCUGGGCCGUGGCCUGCAUGAUGCUGCCUGGGAUCGCCUACCUCAUUAAGCCUUGGCGCUACCUGCAGGCCGCCCUCACUCUGCCCAACCUCAUCUUCCUGCUGUCGUGGAGGUUUCUACCGGAGUCGCCUCGCUGGUUGCUGCUGCAGGAUCGUUACAAAGACACUGAGAACUUGCUGGUGAGGAUCGCCGCUACCAACCGUCGCAAGAUUCCUUCCAGGGGCGCCCUGCGAGCCGCCCUCACACGCAUCAGCCACCAGAUGCGGUCUGAGCAGUACCAGCGUGACCACGAUAAUGAGAAAGGAGAAAGUGAACACAAAAUUAGAGAUAAAGCGUUGGUCACGUUUCGAUACGUGGUGUCCCCAUACAGCACCCUUCAGCUCGCUGGCAGGAUGUGUCUGCUCCUGAUGGUGUGGAUCUUCGUGGCUUGUGCAUACUACGGCAUCUCCCUCAACGCCAACAACGUCAGCGUGGACCUUUACUUCUACAUGUUCCUCGGUGGCCUGAGUGAGGUGCCUGCCUACCUGCUGGUGAUGGUGCUCAUGGUGCGGGCUGGCCGCCGUCCAUCGCUCUUUGGCCUGUUCGUCGUCUGCGCCUUGUUUAUCGCCGUGAACGCCGGCCUCAUGUUCGCCUCCACUAAUGUUCCCGUCUCAGCCAAGAUCAUCCUGUCGCUGCUGGGCAAGAUGGCCGUGGCCACAGCCUUCCAAAUUGUUUACCUCUUCACCGCCGAGCUCUUCACCACCCACCAACGCUCCCUCGCCAUCUGCCAUUGUUGUUUCGCUGGGAGAGUUGGCAGCAUUGCUUCCCCGUACAUUAACGAUAUAUUGGGUGAGACAGCGGUAUGGGCUCCAUCAGCAGUGUUCUCCAUGAUGGCACUUCUUUCCGCCUUUCUCUCCCUCCCUCUCCCGGAGACUCGGAACCAGAACCUUCCUGAGGCAGACUAUGAUCUCGUCCGCGUCAAGGAGGAAGACGACUCAAAGAACACCAUUUCAACUGUCCAUUCUGUCUAAAAUUAACUGCGCUUCACCUGCAGGCGUCGUUCAGGGACAGCAAUACAGACUCCAACAGAGAGGAAGGUCCAGGAAAAAUUAACUCCCAGGAUCGUCAGGAAAAUGGGCCUCUGGCUGCACCUUCACCUGUCCUCCGGCCGAUAAAAAUCCAGAGUAUAGGGACUUACAGAAUGUGGGAGAGGAAGACUCUUUUAGGACCAAGACACUACUUUUAUUUAUGUUUACACGAGUCCCGAUAUUGCAGUUUGGCAUUACAGUUGACUUGAUUUUCUCCUACCGGAAGGGGUAACAGAGAGAGAAAGAGAGAGAGAGAGAGAGAGAGAGAGAGAGAGAGAGAGAGAGAGAGAGAGAGAGAGAGAGAGAGAGAGAGAGAGAAAGAGAGAGAGUAUACCCUGCAUUCAGUCUCUCUCUCUCUCUCUCUCUCUCUCUCUCUCUAGGUGUGAUAAACCACAUUCAAGAGUAUAUAUACUUUGAGCGCAGUGGCAGAGUGGUCAGCGCUCGGAAAUAGUGAUCGCGGUGCCCCAAAUUCACGUCCCACGAGAGGUCUGCCAGUUUUCAAGCUCUCGCACAGUGGCCGGAGAGUGCCCACGUGCAACCUAUUAGCCCUAUCCUCGACGGCGACUGCAUCGAGGUGUGCAAGGGGGCGGCAUGAAUCUCAGUGCCUGCGCCUUCCUAAGAUUGGAGGCCGACCAUCUAAGCCUCCGAAAAUAGAACUGCGGAAGAAAUACCUACCAGCACUAAAAGUCAAGAACACUGAAAAAUAAGAUAGAGAUAAAUUAAAUGUUCCACACCUUUCAUUGCUCUGCCCAUUCUUCGUGUACUUUAAAAUCCCAACAUUCUCAUAAAAACUCAGCACACUAAGGCCCACAAGUUCUACUGCUGGUGUUACCAAAAAUCCUGUCACAGAUUCUUAUCACACUUUCUAAUAAAUCGAAAACCAAC